CACACUCGCAGCAUGGCAUCUCUCAUGCGCCCGCUGCACCUGCAGCUCGCACGCAUGGCGCUCGCGCCCGCAGCGUCGACGUCGGCCAGCGCCGCUGCAUCCUCGUCGCGCCUCGCCGCGCCGCUGCGGCAGUUUAGCGCAAGCGCCGCCGCACCCACGACCUACCGCCAGGUGCUGCGCGGCGCACGCAAGCCGCACCGGCCGCCGGUGAACCGCACGCCGGCGCUCGAGGGCGCGCCGUUCGUCAAGGGCGUGUGCUCGCGCGUCUUCACGACGAAGCCCAAGAAGCCCAACUCGGCCGUGCGCAAGGUGGCGCGCAUCAAGCUCAGCAACGGGCGCACCACCGUCGCCUACAUUCCGGGCGAGGGGCACAACCUGCAGGAGCACAGCGUGGUGCUGAUGCGCGGCGGCCGUGUGCAGGAUCUGCCCGGUGUGCGAUACCAUCUCGUGCGCGGGCAUGCCGACAUGCAGGGCGUCGUCGGCCGGACAACGAGCCGCAGCAAGUACGGCACCAAGAAGCCCAAGGCGGCGGCGUAGAGGGGGCUGAGAGCGACAGCGCUACACUGGAUCACACGGGGUCUGCGCCGGGCACGACAGGCGGCAGAUAAUACAGGG